GAUUAUCUUGCUCAAAGCAUCUAUUCAUCGCAAUCGACGCAUCCUUACUUGGAACCAUAGGCAUUUUGAAAGAUCAACGCAGUAGUUUACAUUAAGAUUAGCAGCUCUAGCCUUAACAAUACUUCUCGAAUUGAACGAUACUCCUUCAGAAAGCAAUAACACGACACGCAAGAUUAACGAUUAAGCUUAUUUAUCCAAUUAUUUAUAUUACAUUUAAACUGAGAUCGGCGUAAUUCCAUCCACUUAGUUUAGUUCUAAUAUUCAGUAGCAAUUUUUGAGCAAAUCUCUGGUGUGGAAAUCGACACGUAAAAUACUUGCAAUAAUACACAAAUUAACUGAUUCAGUAUCUUGGCCCCAAGUACAGUCAAAUUUUCCCCCUCUCAAUCGCAAACCAAAAAUAGACUUAGACAGUUGCAUUUUUAUCGUUACGAAACGAAGGGUUCAGUGCAGUUUUUAUUAUAUUCAACCGAUUUGAUAUCAAUUCAUUCAUUUCACCAAAUAUUAGAUUGAUAGAUUUUCAUAUUAUCACACUUCGCUUAAGGGUAGAAAGUGCAGUAAAAGCACAGAAAAAAGGUACUCAUUUAAAUAAGUUCUACUAACGUCAAGUACGCUUGUGACGUUUAUUGGUUAGAAAACAGAGAGAGGAGAGACAAGUGUUCAGGGAAUUGAUUCUGAAAACAAAAAGCAGCAACGCACACGCACAUCGCAACACUCAAAAUGCUUCCAACGAGUCAACAUCAGCAGCAACAGCCGCACCAAUCCUCGGACGUGGUCGCUCAGCAGCAGCUGCAGCAGGACGCGCAAACGCAACACCUGUUGAAUGUGGCGGCCUCGUCCUACACCACGGCGGUAUCGUCGAGCGGUGGUUACACCAUGAGCUACCCGGUGGUGACCGGGCACCAUCUAACCGAGAACAACAAUCUGAUCAUGCACCCAUCGUACGGCAAACCGGCAGCACAUGUCGCGCAUCAGCUGCCGCCAGCAUCGCUCAUCACGCUACAGCCGGUGCCGCUCGAGGCGCAUCACCAUUCGGCGCUGCAUCACGUCUCCAAUCUGGGUCCACCGCCACCCGGCACUCCCGGCUCCUUGCAGCAGCAGCAGCAACCACACCAUCAACAGCAGCAGCAGCAGCAAGGACUAUCACCGUCCCACGGUUCGACGAUCGUAACGUCACUGGCUCCUCCACCACCCGGUUCGGGCCCGCUCGGUGGACUAAUCAUUGGAGGAGGGCAACACUUGCACCAUGCAUCAUCAUUACAGCAGCAGCAACAACAAGCUCAUCAACAACAGCAGCAACAGCAGCAGCAGCAGCAACAGCAACAACAGCAGCAGCAAAUGGAGCAACAGAUGGGAGUUGUAGCCUCUUCAAGUGCAUCACAAAUGCAGCAAGGUCCACCGUCUUCCAUGUCGCACGCUUCCUCCAUGAACGAUCCCAACGGAAACGGUAUGUGUGUGGUAUUGUUGUUGGCGAUUCUCAACAGUCAGCAAACAUGUUCGACAAGGGUUGACGAACACGAUGACCGCACACUCCUCCCCCUCCGUAUCUCGAGUAGCAUGUACACCUACACUGUGCAUGGUGAACAGAGCACUCUCAAGCGCAACACGCGAAUCCUUAGAGAGAGAGAAAGGCCGCGUUGUUUAAACCAAAGCUUGCCCCAGUGUGCUCCGUUGUGCAUGCGUGUGUGCGGGUGAAAUGUGAAAGAGGAUACACAGUGGUGUGUCGUCAUUGUUGUGUCCGAUCCCGACAAGCGAACAAAUAUGAAAUCUCUCCAGAAGUUUGCCACUCGACAUCGAAAUGCUUCCGCCCAGAACAACAUACACUUUGGAAGAUCACGUUGGAUGUCGCUGCGGAAGCUUGGGAAGAGAGACGAUGUGGUGUUGUAGUUGCUUGUGUGUGGUGGUGGUGCGGUUAUUUCCUUGGGAGCACAAGUUUCUUUUCAGAGUUGUCUCUUAGAUGUGUUCUCACAUUACUUCCGCUGCUGGAUCGAUCGAUGAUGGGUGGUUCUGCCUUAUGCCUGAAUGCACGAAACGCUGUAGAUCUAGGAAGUGUAUCCUCUUUUCAUGCGACGACGACGACAACGACGUGUGUGUCUCUGUGCCGUAGAGAAGGAUGUGUUCACACUCAACCCAAUUUUGAUAUCUAAAGUAGGUAAAUAACAAAUUCAUUUGAUCUUUUCAGUAACAACAUA